AUGUCUUACAAGGGACCACGCACUCUGGAAACGGCCUUACGCGAGAUGGUUGGGAAUGCUGAGGAGGUCUUGCAGACUUGUCACAAUGUCUGCCUUCGGGUCUCGGAAACCUAUCAGAUGGGGUUAGUCCACAAUGAUCUGAAGACCAACAAUCUCACAAUAGAUCAGGACCGGGAUGUUGCCGUCAUCGAUCUAGGAAACGCUUCGGAAAUCGGAAAAAUGUUCUGUUACAGCGGGAAUAGGCGUUUCUGGCUGGCUCCCGAGAUGUACACAAAGCACCCGGUCUCCGUGAAGUCCGAUAUUUUCUCUGUGGGAAUAAUUCUGUCUGAAAUUUACGUUAAAACGAGAAUUGGCCGUGGGUUCCCGAAGCUCCUGGGAGAGAUUCUCAAUGAAGACCCAGAAAAACGGCCUUCCCUGGAAGCGAUAAUGGACAGAUUAAAGAAUAUAAAAGAUGCAUGGACUAAACGAGGGCAGACACUGACGAUUGAAGAGCCAGGACAAUCAGCUAGGGAGAUGGAAACAGUUCCAGUACAAGUAUUAAGGGAGGAAUGGUUGAGCAGGAAUCAGUUUACCAAUGAGGUCAAGCAAGAAUAUGGGGCUGUAGGAGGAAUCACAAAGAAUCAAAAAGGUAUUGUAAAGUAUUGUAAAGUAUUGAAAAGGGUUGUAGAGAUGAGAAUUGUAGGGCAAGGACAGGAGGAAGAGGGAGUGGUGUGGUGA